UCUCCUUCUGCCUUCCCAUUUCCAUUCCAAAGUCCCUCAUCCUAAAAAAUGUCAUCCCAACUCAUUGAAAACCACAGAGAAAAUGCUGAAAUGUACUCAGACCCUGCCCUCUGCAAAGAAAAAUCUCGUGAGCUCCUGCAGAAUAUGAACCUCCCAAAGGGCCUACUGCCCUUGGAUGAGUUCAUCGAGGCGGGCUAUAAUGAAUCUACAGGUUUCGUUUGGCUGAAGCAGAAGAACAAAAAGGAGCAUAAGUUUCGAUCCAUUGGCCGUACUGUAGCGUAUGAUACAGAGGUUACUGCCUUUGUUGAGGAUCGUAGGAUGAAAAAGCUGACGGGUGUAAAAAGCAAGGAACUCUUUAUUUGGGUCACUGUUUCUGAUAUUUACAUUGAAGAUCCAAAUUCUGAGAAAGUUACGUUCAAGAAUCCGACUGGUUUUUCGAAGACUUUUCCAACUAAGGCCUUUGAGGAUGGAGAAGUGGAUGAAGAGAACUAAAAGGUCUAGGCAGAAUUAGGACAUGUUUGUCGGAAGGAGGGGAAAAUAUGAAUAAUGUUUAGGAGUACUUCAUAAUGGUAAAAGAGUGGAUUAUUGUAAGUUUUAUUUUGCUGAUGAAGUGAUAGAUAUUGUAGCAAAUCUUCUUGUGCA